AUGAACGCCAAACCCUCUGAUCCGCGAACCACUGUGCGGUGGCGCGUUUUCCCACGCUCCUGGAACGCAGCACACGCUGCUGGGACAGAGGCUCCGGGCGUCCGGGGGGGGGGCCGGAUCGGGGGACCGGAUCGGGGGGCCGUCAUGUCCGUCCGGGAGCAGCUUAACUCCGGGGUCUGGAGAACCAGAGAGCUGCGAGAGCUGCUGGAAAACGAAGAACAAAUCAACCGCAUCGUCCGCUGCAGCGAGAAGUUUCAAAGGCUGCAGUGGGCUGCUGAGAAGAUGCUGGUGUCAAAUAAAAAACUGGCAAAAGACAAUCUCUCCCAGAAACCAAAACUUAGAGACGCAAAGUUGCUACUUGCAAUGAAGUACAAGGAGCUGGAAAAACUCAGAAGCCUCGUUCAGGCCAAACAGGAAAGACUCGCAGAAAAAUACAGUAUUCGUCAGGUUAAGGCGUGCCUUGUGCAGAAAAUCAGUCACACGGAGCAGCAGUUAGAGCUGCUGUUCCAGAGGUUUUCAGAAGGAAAGACAACACUGGCCGAUUUCUUAGACUCCUUUCUCAGCUCCCAGAAGCUGCAGCACACCCGGCUGGUUCUGGUGAAGAAGCUGCAGGAGCAGAUCCGGCUCCAAGAAGUGCCCGUUUUUCCCGCGCGUGUCCCAGUGGGCUUCGCCGGUCAGAUCCAGAUGCAGUUCAGCGGCCUGACCUCGGCCGUCCUCCUGCCCGCCUGCUGCCUCCCCCCGGUCCUGCUGCCGCUCUGCCCCCACGCCAGCGCCGCGCUGCAGAGCUCCCAACACUCCCAACACUCCCAGUCUCACCCCGAGGACCCGGGGCUCCCGCCCAGAGGACGAGGCUUCGGGCGGUCAGCGAGGCCGGCCCGCCUCCAGCCUCUGGAGGCCCGGCAGAAAAAGCGCCAGCAGCCCUGA